AUGGUAAAGGAAUCUGGGCAAAAAAAUUUCAUAAAUCCGAAUUACCCGCUCACGAAGGAAAGGGCAUUCUCUAUUGUAUGGCAGUUGAAACAAUCUGUGGCAGCGGUGCUAGGAUUCAUCUUGGGGGUUAUCCCCCUUAGGAGUUAUUUAGGCUUUCUUCUCUACAUUUUGGCACAAUUUGCCGUGGUAGAGCUCUAUGUAAUUGUCUACAAAGUACCGGAUUAUGUACUGGAUCUGAGGGAAAUCAUUUUCGAGGCUUCAAUUGCCUCGUGCGGCUGCUUUGUGCUAUGGUGGGUCGUAACAUACAGUGUUGUUCAUUUCUGA